GGCGCAUCUCGAUGGCUGCGUCUGAAAUCAACCCUUCCAAUUUCAUCUCAACUGGACCACCACCCUCCAUUGCAAAUUCUGGGUCUAGCCUGCAGCAAGCCCCAAGCAGACGUAAUUCCAGCCUUCCAAACCCAAUCCCUCACAUCCUUGAGAGGCAAAGGCAUAGUGUGACCUCUAAGCUGAUGAACAGCAAGGCAUUGUCUGAAAUGCAGCAAGCCUCAAGCAGACGUAACUCAAGCCUCAUUCCAAACCCGAUCCCUCACAUCCUUGAGAGGCACAGGCAUAGUGUGACCUCUCAGCUGAUGAACAGCAAGGAAUUAUCUGAAAUGCAGCAAGCCUCAAGCAGACGUAACUCAAGCCUCCUUUCAAACCCGAUCCCUCACAUCCUUGAGAGGCACAGGCAUAGUGUGACCUCUAAGUCGACGAACAGCAACGAAUUAUCUAAAAUGCAGCAAGCCUCAAGCAGACGUAACUCCAGCCUUCCAAACCCGAUUCCUCACAUCCUUGAGAGGCACAGGCAUAGUGUGACCUCUAAGUCGACAAACAGCAACGAAUUAUCUGAAAUGCAGCAAGCCUCAAGCAGACGUAACUCAAGCCUCCUUUCAAACCCAAUCCCUCACAUCCUUGAGAGGCACAGGCAUAGUGUGACCUCUCAGCUGAUGAACAGCAAGGAAUUAUCUGAAAUGCAGCAAGCCUCAAGCAGACGUAACUCAAGCCUCCUUCCAAACCCGAUCCCUCACAUCCUUGAAAGGCACAUGCAUAGUGUGACCUCAAAGGAAUUAUUUGGAAUGCAGCAAACCCCAAGCAGACGUAGCUCCAGCAUCGCAAACCCGUUUCCUCAUAUCCUAGAGAGGGUGAUGAACGGCAGUGCCAUUGGGGCUGAAGAGAGCAACACCUGUACACUAUCUGGCAGUAAAAUUGAACACCACAAAUCUAUACAGCACAUUUCGGAGCUGAGGGAGGAACCGAGUGAAGAAAAUGUUAAUCACAAGUUACGCUUUAAGAGAUUUGCAUUUCAAGUUAAGAACAAGGUAAUAUGGGAGAAGAGAUUACAAACUGCUGAAAAAAAUCUCAAGACUAUGAUGCCAACUGCAAUCGAUCAGGAGACACAAAGACUUACCUUCAAUCUGGGUGCCUUUAAUCAGAAAUCGUACGGUGGACUAUCACUGAUAGCUAAGAUUAUCCUCAUGCAACCGUCCUUCAAUAGGACAGAUGAAGAGCUCAAGUAUAUACAUCAGUUUACUAGCCGUCUCAAGUGUUUCGAUCGCUACUCUAUCCACGUCCGAAAGGAACUAGCGAGAGUGCUCUACUACGAGUCCUUCAAGAGGAGGCAAGUGGUGAUAAGACAGGGGGACAUUGGAUUUAAUUUUUAUUUUAUUCUCUCCGGAAAUGUGGUUGUCGAAAUGCAGGAGGAAGACAAGAAGACGGGAGAGAAGCAAACCAUGAUUAUCGGUGAGCUAGGAGCGGGGGCCAGCUUUGGAGAACUGGCACUCCUUCACAAUGACAGGAGGAGGGCAACAAUUGUGUGUAACGAGGACUGCGAAUUCUUGAAAAUAGACAAACCAGAUUACGAUGAAGUGUUGAGGAAAAAUCAUGAGUGGGAAUGGAAUACCCGUACGGAGUAUUUGAAGAACCACCAUUUGUUUUGUUUAUGGAAUCCAACCUACCUGCGCUUUGCUAUACAAGGGUCAGUGCUUAUCGAGUAUCCAUCGGAUACCCUCAUAUUGAAAGACUUAAGCUCACCUCCCGAUAAAGUGUUCUUCAUUGUCAAAGGUACUUGUAUUGUGGCGGAAAAAGUGUAUCUACUUGAGAGCAUUAAGAACAGUACACAAGUUCAUUUAAUUACCAAGGAAAAGCUACCACAAUCUCCUGACUCAAAACCAGACUGUACUCACAAUCACCGUCACUCAGGCUACCGACCAAUCAACAGUGGCGAUAGUCGACGAGUAAUCAGAUGGUGGAUUAUACGCACCUUACGACCGGGUGACUACUUCGGAGUAGGGGAGGGGAGAGAGGGAACGAGCGUCAUCUCAAACAUGAAAGUGGAGAUACUCCAAGUAAACAAGACGGUGUUUAAGAAUUAUGACCGCUGGAAGACGUUGGUGAGUAUGAAGAAUGCAGCAAUGGAGUUCUAUCCCACACGACAAGCUGCACUGAAGAGCUAUAUUCAAACCAUCAAGUGGAGAGAAUACAAACGAAAGCUUGUGAUUGAAGCAGUCCAGAAGAAGAAGACUCGUUCAAACAAUUACCGAGCCUACUUGAAUUAUUGAAUUUCAUGGUCACAAGUCAAUUAACACUCUCAUGUACCAAAACACUACAUACAUUUGAUUUGCCACAAAAUUAACUGUUGAAUAAGUCAUUUCAAGUC